GGAACUACUUAAGUAGCCAACGACAGCGAUCUGUGCUAUUGUAACGUACGCUUAUUUUUAAACCGAAUUGAAAAAAAAUGUUGUUCAAAUGUCACAACAAUCCACAAAAUUAAAUUCACACUGACAGGACAGGGGAAUAUGGCACUGUGACAUCACACACUAGGAUCGUCAUAGAAGGAAAAAAACAAAGGAUCGGGAAUUUAUUUGUUCACAUUGUAGUUUUUUGCCAGUUGACCGUGUGGAUAUUCUUCAGUGGUUAUAGUAAUGUAGAUGUGCUCAUUACUUCAGUGUAUGGUUGCCUUACUCACCGUCAAGACAACGUUUAGGGCCGCAAUGUAAGUUGCCAAUAUGGCAACGGUCCUCACGCGGUGUUUGUACAUCUUGAUUUUGUUGUGUCAUUUAAGGGUACCUCAUGUCACUGUGGAUCACGCGUUACCGGACCUGAAACCAUUCUCCGGACCGGAACAUACAGUGUUGCAGGAUUGGGGGACAGGAAAUGUUUCGGAAUACGCAUUCGCGGUUGAGGACCGAGACCCCAACCCCCUGCCAUCUUUCCCCCCUCAAACUCUGGAACCACGCCGGAUUUCCGAGGACGCGGGUCUGAAUGGAGACUUCAGUUUUGACGCAGAUCGACCACCGGCAGGUAAACGCCCCUCCCCGUUCCACAGAGCUCUCCUACUGGUUCGGAAGCAUUUGGAGACACUCCCUGACAGGAUCAUUGGCAGCCUGCCAGAGGCAUGGCAAGCAGGCCCCACCCCCUUCGAAGUGCCCCUGGGAGCUGUAGUCUUCACCACAGCCAUAGAGAUCCUCCUGUUUCUCGUGUUCACCUGGAGAACAGUCCGCACUAAGACACCCGACCUGGAAGUGGAGAAUGAGAGACGCCACUACGUGAGGAAACUUCUGGCAGAGGAGAAAAAGAUCCAGAAGCUGCAGGAGCGGGUGGAGGCUCUGGAGCGCGACGGGGCUGCUCUGGAGGGGCAGAGGCUCCAGCUGAAGGCCCAGGCCGAGGCCGGGGAGCAGAGGCUGCAGGUGCUGGACCAGCUCUGCCGGGAGAAGGACUCCGCCCUGCAGCAGAAGCUUAUCCAGGAGCAGGUCGAUCGGCAGGAAAUGGACACGGUCCUGAACACCUACAAACUGCGCAUCCAGGAGAUCAGACAGGAGAAGCAGAGGAGUGAGCACUGCUACAGGGGCCAGAUUGACUACGUUCAGAGGAGAGCGUAUGAGAACUCAAUGAAGGUGUGUGCUUUAGAGCAGGCUCUGGAGCAGGAGAGGAGCGAGACCGAGAGACUGCGCCAGCUGCUUGCGAUCAGUGUGAGACUGGCCCAAUUCCAGCUCUCCAUGGACACCUCUACCGGCUCGGACCACCUGAGCCUCAUACCUGAGACAGGGGAAACAGAUGUUUCUGUGGUCCAUUCUCAGCCUUCUCCAACAGACAGUCUGUUUCCUGACCUGGCCACGCCCCUCAGACCUACUGCAGUAAACACAUCCCUGAUUGGACAGACUCCUGCCCUGGCCACGCCUGCAAACAGAUCCCUCCCAACCAACCUGGGACUGCACAUCUGAGUACCCAGCACUCAAUGAAUAUGUGCUCACCUGUUUACACAGCUGUCCCAUGCUUCACAGCAAUGUCUGUACUUGCCUGUUCACACACCCGUCCCAUGCUUUAGAGCACCACUCGUCUGUACUUACCCGUUCACCCACCUGUCCCAUGCUUUAGAGCACCACUCGUCUGUACUUACCCGUUUACACACCUGUCCCAUGCUUUAGAGCACCACUCGUCUGUACUUACCCGUUUACACACCUGUCCCAUGCUUUAGACCACCAUGUGUCUGUACUUACCCGUUUACACACCUGUCCCAUGCUUUAGACCACCAUGUGUCUGUACUUACCCGUUUACACACCUGUCCCAUGCUUUAGACCACCAUGUGUCUGUAUUUACCUGUUCACCCACCUGUCCCAUGCUUUAGACCACCAUGUCUGUACUUACCUGUUCACCCACCUGUCCCAUGCUUUAGACCACGUGUCUGUACUUACCUGUUCACCCACCUGUCCCAUGCUUUAGACCACCAUGUGUCUGUACUUACCUGUUCACACACGUCCCAUGCUUUAGACCACAAUGUCUGUACUUACCUGUUCACACACGUCCCAUGCUUUAGACCACCAUGUGUCUGUACUUACCUGUUCACACACCCGUCCCAUGCUUUAGACCACCAUGUGUCUGUACUUACCUGUUCACCCACCUGUCCCAUGCUUUAGGCCACCAUGUGUCUGUACUUACCUGUUCACACACAUGUCCCACUCUUUAACCAACACCCUGAUGUGUUUACAAUCUGUUCAGAUCUUUAAGAAUAAAUCGCAUGCAAAGCACUCUGGUCAGUGUAGUCUCUGAGUUUAAAAACUUCAAUGUUUGUAAAUGAGGCAGGUCUGACUCCUUAACAGGGGGACCUCUUAAACUGAAAAUCUUCCAGAGAAACGGAAACAAAAAUCCUAAAAAUCAGAUAUUCUGCUUCCUUUGACACCAAAACAAAGGACACGGACAGCCGACUCGCGUAUCAUAAGAUCUUUUAUCACAUUAAACAAAAGUAAAAACAAAAGAAAAAAACUCAAAAUAAAUGAAAGCGUGGUUAUAUAUACAA